AUGACACGAGUAAGUCUGAAAGUUUUUCACCGUGUGAAGCUCCUGGUACCGGCUCAGCGCUGUGUGAGAGAGGAUUUAGUCGCAUCCUUCGAUCUCCUACGGUGUGUAAAUAGUUUAGGACAGGGCAGUGUUUUUUCACAUGGGAGGACUACACCCAGGGAACGUGGGAGAGGAACUACGCCCAGGGAACGUGGGGGAGGAACUACACCCAGGGAACGUGGGAGAGGAACUACGCCCAGGGAACGUGGGGGAGGAACUACACCCAGGGAACGUGGGGGAGAGGGACUACGCCCAGGGAACGUGGGAGAGGAACUACACCCAGGGAACGUGGGGGAGGAACUACACCCAGGGAACGUGGGGGAGGAACUACACCCAGGGAACGUGGGGGAGGAACUACACCCAGGGAACGUGGGAGAGGAACUACACCCAGGGAACGUGGGGGAGGAACUACACCCAGGGAACGUGGGGGAGGAACUACACCCAGGGAACGUGGGGGAGGAACUACACCCAGGGAACGUGGGGGAGGAACUACACCCAGGGAACGUGGGAGAGGGACUACGCCCAGGGAACGUGGGAGAGGGACUACGCCCAGGGAACGUGGGGGAGGAACUACACCCAGGGAACGUGGGGGAGGACAACACCCAGGGAACGUGGGGGAGGAACUACACCCAGGGAACGUGGGAGAGGGACUACACCCAGGGAACGUGGGAGAGGGACUACGCCCAGGGAACGUGGGGGAGGAACUACACCCAGGGAACGUGGGGGAGGAACUACACCCAGGGAACGUGGGAGAGGGACUACGCCCAGGGAACGUGGGGGAGGAACUACACCCAGGGAACGUGGGAGAGGGACUACGCCCAGGGAACGUGGGGGAGGAACUACACCCAGGGAACGUGGGGGAGGAACUACACCCAGGGAACGUGGGAGAGGGACUACGCCCAGGGAACGUGGGAGAGGGACUACGCCCAGGGAACGUGGGAGAGGGACUACACCCAGGGAACGUGGGGGAGGAACUACACCCAGGGAACGUGGGAGAGGGACUACGCCCAGGGAACGUGGGAGAGGGACUACGCCCAGGGAACGUGGGAGAGGGACUACGCCCAGGGAACGUGGGAGAGGGACUACACCCAGGGAACGUGGGGGAGGAACUACACCCAGGGAACGUGGGAGAGGGACUACGCCCAGGGAACGUGGGGGGAGGGAUUGAUGUCAACACGAAGUACAUCUGUAUCAGGGUAG